AUGGGAUGGUGUAAGUGGGAGGAUGGUUGGGGGUUGGGGUUUGGGGUGGAAGAGGGGUUGGGGGGGGGGGGGGGGGGUGGGGGGGGGGGUUGGGGGGGUUUGGGGGGGGGGGAGAGAUUAGGGUUUGUGGUGGUGAAAGGAGAGGGAUAUGGUGGGGGGUGGUUUGGUGGUGGAGUGGGGAUUGGUGGUGUAUGGGGGUGGAUUAUAGGGGAUGUAUAUGGGGGUUGGGGGGGGGGGGGGGGAGGGGGGGAAGGGUGGUGUGGGGAGGGGGGGGGGAAGGUGGUUUUAGGAGGUAGGGGAUUUUUGUUAGGAUGGAGAGGGGGUAGUGAGGGGUUGGGGGGGGUUAGGGGGGGUGGUAUGGGUGGGUUAAUGGUUUUAGGGGAUUGA